AUUGUAUUUUUCUAAUAGGUAAAUAAUGAGUAAUUAGAGUACAAUUGGACAAAUCCAAAAGUGCGAAGUGCGCUUGCCAGCUUUGAGAAUCAACAUCUAGGUGCUUGUUUCAAACCAUAAAGUGAUUUCCGAAGUCUACACACUUCGCCAGGUUGCCCACUGUGAAAACCCUAAGGCAUUCUCAUAUACAGUUCCUCCGACAAGUCCCCAUGUAGAAAAGCAUUAUGUACAUCCAUCUGGUGCAGUUUCUAAUUUUUAGCAGCGGCAACAGCUAAGAAUGCACGGACAAUAGUCAUCUUAGCCACUGGGGCAAAUGUGUCUGUAUAGUCAAUGCCUUCUACUUGGUGAUUUCCAAAUACCACGAGACGAACUUUGAAACGUUCUAUAUUGCCAUCUGAAUUGUACUUUAUUUUGUAUACCCAUAGACUACCAAGAGCUUUCUUCCCGGGAGGUAAGCUUACCAAACUCCAUGUUUCAUUAUCCUCCAAAGCGCUAAUCUCUUUUUGCAUAGCAUCCCUCCAUUUAGGGUCUUUCAUAGCUUCUUUGACAGAUCGAGGUUCAACACCUACACUAACAACUGCAAGAAAGUUUUUGUGGCCCACAGAGAAUCGUUCACAAUUUACAAAAUGUGUGAUAGGAUAAGACAUACCUGAGGACUUAAUCGGAGUAGAUGAUGAUGCAGGGGGAGAUGGACUUACUAGUCGAACUGUGUUCGUGACAUAGUCAUGUAGCUUUGUAGAGGGGAAUUUUUUUCGCUUUCCUUUUCCUGUAGCUUCACCUGCAUGAACAUUGGGAAUGGCCACUGCCUCUUCCCUCGACUCACUAAUAUGCGGCACAUCAACAAAUCUACCUACUGGAACACCUACAGAGGAGUCUUUCUCAUUGUCAUACCUCAGACACUAGUUGCUUCCUUCUUGAGGCACAUCAGUUGCUAAAUCGUUAGCAACAAGGAUCCCUGCAUGACCAUUUUGCUCUUCCUCAACAAAACAUGUUUCAUCAAGGACAUCACACUCCUCACGAUUAACACUAAGAUUAGAAAAAGUGUCAUUGAUAUUUCUUUGGGAAUUGUCAUUGUCACUAAGAUUUUCAUACAAAAAAUCGUCUUCAAAAUUCUUAAAAGGCGAACGACACUAUAAGAGGAAGAAGGAGCAUUAUGAGCUUGAGCAAAGGGGAAUUCAUUCUCAUAAAAUUUAACAUCUUUGAUAUAAAGUAGUCACCUGUGUCAAGAUCGUAAAGUUUCCACCCCUUUUUUCCUUGAGGAUACCCAACAAAAAAUACAUCUGCGACUACGACUCAUAAACUUGUCUCUCUUUGACUUAUGACUAUAUGCAUAGCACAAGCACUCAAACACUCGCAAUUCAGAGAAAGAAGGAGGAGUCUCAAAUAACAAUUCAUAGGGUGUUUUAUUAUUAAGCAAAGCAGAAGGAGUUCGACUAACUAGAAGUUAAAAUACAGUCGCCCCAAAAACAUAAAGGAAGAUUAGCCUCAAAUCUUAAAGCUCAGGCUACAUUUAAGAUAUGUCGAUGUUUUCGUUCGACUCUCCCAUUUUGUUGAGGGGUGUCUGUACAAGAGGUCUGAAACAAAAUGCCAUUUAUACUAAAAUAAUCUGCCACACAUUUAAAUUCAGUGCCAUUGUCACUGCAUACAACUUUAACCUUUGCAUCAAAUUGUCCGUUAAUCAUAGCAAAAAAAGAACCAAACAUUUUAUUGACCUCAGUUUUAUCAAAUAACAAAAAUACCCACAUGGCUCUAGAAUAAUCAUCCAAAAGGGUCAAAAAAUAUGUAGCACCAAAAGAAGAGGGAGUAUAAUACGGUCCCCAAAGAUCACAAUAAAUAAUUUCAAACUUAAUAGUAGCUCUACUAUCACUAAUCGAAAAAGUAUUUCUUGGUUGUUUUGCUUGAUGACAAACAUCACAAGCUUUAUUAAAACUACUACUAGACCUACUAAUAAAGGGAAGGGACUGCACAACUUUCUCAGAAGGAUGUCCAAGUUGACGAUGCCACAAUUCUAGAGAAGUUGGAGGAGUUGCCCCAUCCAUAUUCAAAGCAUGUAUUCUUAUAGAACAUCUCAAAAGUAGUAAAGUCCAUCUCUCCGUUCUCCUACUCCAAUUAGUAUCCUCAAGUGUUGGUCCUGUAUAACACACAACGUCUUAGUGAAAAAAACUAAACAAUUCAGAUCAUCACAUAGUUGAGUCACAGAAAUAAGAUUGCAAUUUAAUUGUGGAACACAGAAAACGUCCCUAAGCACAAUUCCUUUGGUCAAAUGAACAUCUCCUUUCUUGGUAGCUAUUGUGUUCUUACCAUCCGGAAGGCCAACUGAACAUUCAGUCAUCUCACGCAAAUUAUGCAAUAAAUCAAAUUUGCAAGUAAAACGGCGCGAAGCACCCGAAUCAAUAAGCCAAACAGAAUCAGAUAACUCAACACUCAAACAAUCAGGAUUAUUUUUCAAAUUGGAAUUACCAAGCAUAUCAAGUAGGCGUUGCCAUUGUGCACUUGUCAUUCCGGGUAAGGUUUCUACUAAUGAUCCACCACCAUAAUCGACCCCUGUAAUAGCAGCUACAUUGGCAGCUAAAUCGCCCUUGCCACAACCAGCAGGCUAGUCCAAAAUAGACUGGGUAAAUCGCAUACCACGACCUCCCCUAUUAGAACCACGACCCCUACCGCGAGGAGCACGAUGCUCCCACCAAUCGGGAUAACCAUGCUUAGACCAACAAGUUGUCUCAUCAUGACCUCUUCGAUGAAAAUGGGUACAAACUAGUACUGAUUUAUCAACCCCAUCAGUCUUACGUGAGCCAGCAAAUUGUACUCCUGUUUUAACAACCAUUGCACGAAUAUCUUCACGUUCUUUUUGGCUUUUGGCUGCCAAUUGAAGCCUUUCCUCUUGUAUAUAUAUAUAUAUAUAUAUACAUAUUAGAAGAGUUGGCCUCAAAGACACUAACAAAUAAAAGAGCCCAAACCUAAUAUUAGCCACACUGCCAUACAACGUACAAUAUAAUUAUAAUAGUUCCAACAGGAGCUGAGAGAAGAUAAAGAGGAUGUGAUUGAUAAAACACUAGUAAUGGAGAGUGGUUUAUGGUGGUCAAUUGGGGAGGUGAAUGGAAGUGUGGUUGGUGAACAGAUGGGCAGCAAUAAGUUAGUUUUAAUAUUAAUUUUUUCUAUUUUUUUAAGUACUUUUUUUUCAUAGUUUUCUUAAAUUUUAAAGAUAAAAUAAGCACGAACACCAAUUUGAAAAGUGGUAAUUUUUUCUUUGGAUAAUUUAUUAGUCUGUUUAACAAGUUAAAAACAAUUCGAUUCAACCAAAGAAAAAUAAUUUUAAAAGUAAAUUUUCCUUAAUUUUUAUUUGGUUUGUUGUAGCAAAUUUAACAAGAUGAAAGAAAAAAAAAAUCAAAGAAUGAAAGUUAGAGUCUCAUCAAGUGGGAGAGAUGAACGCUGAAGGUGUUUGGUAGUUAGCUUUUAUAUUGGGUUUUUAUUGACUUUUGACUUGUUAAUCUACUUUUUCUCUAAUAAAUAGCUAAAAAUUAAUACCUAAAUUUAUCAUACAUCUCUAUAUAUAAGAGCUAACUUUUUCAGUUAGCUUGAAAGUCAACAAAAAUGACUAAUAUUUUAUCUGGUCAAACAAAAAACUAAAAAAAACAACGGUCAACAACUAAUAGGAAUUCCCAAACGCACUGUGUGACAUGUCACCUAAAGGCCAAAAGAAGGGAAAAUGAAAGAGAACAUAGCAACUAGCAAGGUGGUCGCUGCAAGUUUACAACUAGGACCCUAGCUUUACUCAACAUUGCAACACCUGAUCUUCACCCCCAAAAUCCCAAGUUUCCCAAAAUGCUGAAAUUCCUCAAAACCUCACUUCCUCCUCAAUUUCAAUCCAAAUUUACAAAUCCCCUAAAACCCUAAUUCUCAAAAUUCCAUUUCCCCUCUGUAUAACAGCAUUAAUCACUCUCUUUUUCUAUCUUUCAUCCAAAAAACCCAUUAAGAUUCAUGUACAUUUCAGACACAAGUCAUAACCCCACCACCACUCCACCACCAAUUACAAAACCCCCAUCAUCAUCCCUUGAAUUCUCUGAUGAUGAUCACAACCCACAUGAUAUGAUGAUCGAAGUGGUCCCCAGUCACCAUCAUCAUCAACAGCAACAAACCCAUGAACUCCAUCGAUUACCCAUCUCGUCUGGCCCAAAGAAGCGAGCUGAGACUUGGGUUCAAGAUGAAACCCGGAAUUUGAUUGGAUUGAGGAGAGAAAUGGACUCAUUGUUCAAUACAUCGAAAUCUAAUAAGCAUUUGUGGGAGCAAAUUUCGGUGAAAAUGAGGGAAGGAGGGUUUGAUAGAAGCCCAACUAUGUGUACUGAUAAGUGGAGGAAUUUGCUUAAGGAAUUCAAGAAAGCAAAAUUAAUGGGUAAUGGUAAUAAUGGAAAUGGGUCUGCGAAAAUGUCUUAUUAUAAAGAAAUCGAGGAGAUUUUAAGGGAAAGGAAUCGUUGUACUUCUUCUAAUGUGUCUGGAUAUAAAAGUCCUAGUCAUAAUAGUGAUGGGGUUAAUCAUUCUUCAAAGGUUGAUCCAUUCAUGCAGUUUUCUGAUAAAGGUAUUGAUGAUGCAACUAUUCCUUUCGGACCAAUCGAAGCUAAUGGGAGGACAACAUUGAACUUGGAAAGGCGCGUGGAUCACGAAGGUCAUCCUCUUGCCAUCACCACCACUGAUGCUGUAACAGGUGGAGGUAUUCCCCCGUCAUUUUGGCGGGAGGCUCCUGGGAAUGGUGAUGAUUCUCAUUCUUAUGGCGGCAGGGUCAUAACCGUCAGAUGGGGGAAUUAUACAAAAAGGGUUGGUAUUGAUGGCACUGCCGAGGCUAUCAAGGAUGUGAUCAAAUCUGUAUUUCGGUUGAGGACAAAGCGUGCGUUUUGGCUUGAGGAUGAGGAUCAGGUUGUUCGUCCUUUUGACAGGGACAUGCCUAUAGGCAUUUAUACUCUUCACCUUGAUGAAGGUAUGACCAUAAAAUUGUGCCAUUAUGAGGAGUCGGACCACAUUUCAUAUCCCAGUCAGACAAUAGCCCACACUGAAGAGAAAACCUUCUAUACGGAGGAUGAGUUCCGUGAGUUUAUGCAUCAUCGUGGAUGGUCAUGUCUUCGUGAGCUGAAUGGGUACAGGAAUAUCAAUAAUUUGGAUGACCUUCGUCCAGAUAAUUUGUAUCGUGGUGUGGCUUGAGAAGUCCUCCGCUGGAGGUUUUGCUCGUUGUAUCUCUUUGUUCUCGCACAGAUUUUUUUUUACCUGAGAGCGUAGUUGCUAAAACGUUGCUGACAACUUAUUUUAAAAGAACUUAUGUACAGAACUACAGAUAGGUUGCCUUAGAACUGGCAAAUGUAUAUACACACAUUUCCAACUCCUUGUGCAAUAUGAUUGUCAGCAUUUUUCCUUAUUACAACAUCAUAACCAUAAUGUCAAAGCAUCCUAAAAGAUUGGGGUUGACUACUGGCAUUGUUGUGUUCAUGUGAUA